AAUGGCCACUAAAUAUUUGGCUCAAAUUGUCUUCAAUGGUACUCAAGUUGUUGGUCGAGCCUUUCUACGGUCAAUUAGACAGGAGAUAGAGGCUUCUCAAAGAGCUGCCAAAGCUCGAGCUAAAACUUCCCCAAUUAGUAAAGAAUCUGGUGACACAGUAACAGGAAUAACUAUCCAAGAAGCUCUACAAGUGCUAAACGUAAAGGAUAUUAAAGAUGUAGAAGGAAUAAACAAAAACUAUAAACACUUAUUCGAUAUAAAUUCCAAAACAAGAGGUGGUUCUCUAUACCUUCAAUCAAAAGUCGUACGAGCAAAAGAACGUAUUUUUCAAGAAAUUGCAAAAGUUAAACCUGAAUUAGAAAAAAGUUAA